AGUUUUUGAUAACUGUGCCAAUAUGAUUUUGGUCGACGUUUUACUGUGCCUAAUUUUUUUGAAGCUUUUUCUCAAAGUGAAGGUGAGGAGGGAUAAGAGUACGCAGUGCUUAGUUGGCAAAACUACCAUUGUUACUGGUGCCAAUACAGGAAUUGGAUAUUGGACGGCCCUUGAAUUUGCAAAGCGAGGUGCCAAAGUGAUAAUAGCAUGUAGAGAUAGGGUGCAGGGUGAAAAUGCCAGAGAAAAGAUCAUAGCUGCAACUGGUAAUGCCAACGUCCGCGUGGUAAUAAUCGAUUUUCGAUCGCUUCUAUCCGUUCGACAGUUUGCAAGCGAAAUUCGUUCAACAGAAACAAGGUUAGAUAUUCUCGUAAAUAAUGCUGCCGCAAUGAAAUUGGGAAGAAAGACAACGGAUGAUGGAUUUAAUGUAACGAUGCAAGUCAAUUACUUUGGCCCGUAUUUGUUAACGAUCUUACUGUUAGAUUUAAUGAAGCGUUCGGCACCGAGCCGCAUAAUCAACGUAGCUUGCGUGGGUGUCUGUUCACCACAUGUUAAUCCAAAGAAUCUAAACGAUUAUCCCACUGGAAGAUGUCCGGAAAUGGUUAACUAUGCGAACUCAAAGCUCUGUUUGAUGUUGUUCACGAAUGAGUUGGCGAGGCGAUUGAGGCGAUGUGAGGUGACUGUCAACUCCGUGCAUCCGGGUGCGGUGGAUAGUAACUUACUUAGAAACGCCAACUGUUGUUUGUGGUCACCUGUGUUGUUACUCAAAUGCUUGUGCUUUAAGACCCCCGAGGAAGGUUCACAAACGAUUCUGCACGUUGCUUUAUCAGAGGAAGCCAGAAACGUAUCCGGUCGAUAUUUCAGCAACUGUAAGACCGAGUGGAAGUGUUUCACGCCAAAGGACGCCUAUGACUCGUGUUUGGCUAGAGACGUUUGGGAAACUACCGAAGAUUUAUUGCACCUGACAAAAUAUGAACGUGUUCCAAACCCAUAUUAAUCUAUAAAAUGUAUUAGAGUAAUGAUAAAAGGUCGCUAUGUUAAUUUUU